AUGGAAGCACUGGCGAAUCGUGUGAAGCAGUUUGAAGAAGAGGUACUGAAAAUACGUAAGAUACAAACGGACGUUGAAAGACAGAUGAAUAUAAGUACCAGUACCAAUGCUUCGCAGGGCAGUGGCGGCGCAGCCGGCGGUGUUUCUAUUGAGGAUAAGAUCGAGGCAGACAGCAGGUCGAUCUAUGUUGGUAAUGUGGAUUAUUGUUCCACAGCUGAGGAAUUAGAAGCGCAUUUCCAUGGAUGUGGCUCGGUGAACAGAGUGACAAUUUUAACGGACAAAUAUACUGGCCAUCCAAAAGGAUUUGCGUACAUUGAAUUCAGCGAUAAAGAAGCAGUUCAAACUGCGCUUGCACUGGAUGAAUCAUUGUUUCGCGGGCGUCAAAUCAAGGUUUGCGCGAAACGAACAAAUCGACCUGGUGUUAGUACGACAAAUCGACCACCACGUGGUCGCGGUCGUGGCAACAUGCGCGUCAUCGUCAAGACAUUCUAUGUAGGAGGCGGUGGAUAUCGAGCCAGGCGACCAUCAAGGUAA